AUGGCGUCUAAUAUCCUCCAACUCCCGUUCCGGCGCUCCCAUACCGUCUCGCUUUCCGAAGCAAUCACCCAGUACAUCUCGUCCAAAUAUGACCAGCGCCCGGACAUGUUCGCUGAGGAUCUGAUGAUCAUUGAUCGUCUGCGAUCUGAGGCUGUCAAUGUCCAGGAACCGCAUUUUAGUGGUAUCAGUCGCCUGGUCACAUAUGCGGCUCAGCUGAAAUGGCUGGGUGGAAAGUUCCCAAUUGAUGUCGGGGUGGAAUUUUCGUGGUAUCCGGCUUUUGGGUUUAAUGCUUCGCGGCCAGUUUCACAAAAUAACCUGCGCUUCGAACUAGCGAAUGUCAUAUUCAAUCUUGCCGCAUUAUACUCCCAGCUUGCAUAUGCGACCAAUCGGACUACCGCAGAUGGACUCAAGCAGGCGUGUAACUACCUCUGCUCCGCCGCUGGAGUGUUGAGCCACCUUCGAACCGAUAUCAUCCCAGACCUUCGAACGUCGCCGCCAGAGGAUAUGGACGAAAUGACACUACAGAGUUUGGAACUUCUUCUGCUUGGACAGGGGCAGGAGUGCUUCUGGCAGAAAGCUGUCAAGGAUGGACUGAAAGAUGUAUCUAUUGCGAAACUAGCAGCAAAGGUGUCUGACUUCUACGGUGACGCAGGUGACUUGGCUGUCAAGUCUAAUGCAAUCAGCACAGACUGGAUCCACCACAUGACUGCAAAACAUCACCACUUUGCAGCAGCAGCUCAGUUCCGACAGGCGCUUGACUGCCUGGAGAAGCGCAAGUAUGGAGAAGAGGUUGCUCGGCUGCGCGAUUGUUUGACCUGCGUCGGCGAAGGUUUGAAAGAGCAGCGGUGGAUUAACCGGACUGUACUAGGUGACUUGACUGGAUUGAAGAGCCGUGUCGCUGAAGACCUCAAGCGUGCGGAGAAGGAUAAUGAUAUGAUCUAUAUCAACCCUGUGCCGCCCAAGUCUGAGCUCAAGACCAUCGAGCGUGCCAGCAUGGUUCUUGCCAAAGCACCUUCGCAGGUUACGGAUGCGAUCUCUAUGCUGGGUGAUAAUGGACCGUUGGGGCAGCCGCUGUUCUCAAAGUUGGUCCCAUACGCAGUUCACAUUGCCGCCAGUAUUUACACUGAUCGUCGAGACCGACUGGUCAAUGAUACUCUUAUUGGAGAGCUGGAGUCCAUGACCGACAAGUUGCGAGACUUGCUUUCAUCGCUCAAUUUGCCAGGGUCCUUACAAGCGCUCGAAAAACCACUAGGUCUCCCGCCAAUGCUUGUGUCGCAUGCAGAGGAAAUGCGCCAACAAGAUGGCCUGAAUCGCUUGCACCGGUCUAUCGAAGACACCGCUAGGGUUAAAGGCAAUGAUCUGGCUGUGUAUAAUGAAGGCGUUGAGCUUCUAGCAGCUGAGAAGGCCGAGGACCUUGCAGCUCGCCAUAAAUACGGCACCGAUCGCUGGGCCCGCGGGACCUCAGAAUCCGCCACGCCUAAGCUCUACAAAAGUUUGACAGAAAUUGAUGGCUAUUUCACCUCCGCCCAGGGCAGUGAUGACCUUGUCCAGCGCAAGCUGCGAGAUUCACGGUCUGUCUUCAUCGUUCUUACUGGCACGAAUCGGGACUUGGAAUCCUUUGUGCCUAGUAGCCGGAGGGUUGUGAUUCCACCAGAGGUUGAGCGCGAAUCUAACCGCUUGCGUGGUUGUUUAAGCGAGGUCACUCGAAUGGAGAAUCGGCGGAGGCGGCGAAUUCAAGCAUUGAAGGACAAAGCUCGCGCGGAUGAUAUUCACCCGGCGCUUUUGACACAGACAGCUCGACUGGAGCGGGAAUUCCCCAUGCAGACUAUCCAGGCAAGCCAGUUCGAGGAUUUGUUUGAGGAGCAGCUGAAGCUAUAUGAUUCGGACCGUGAGAUGCUGGGCCAGGAGCGGAGAGAGCAAGAUCAUAUUUCGGACCAGGUCCGAGAAGCUAAUCGGGCGUUUACUGGGUCUCAUAAGGGCGACGCGUCGACAAAGGAACGAGAAGCGGCACUGCAGGAUCUGGAAAACGGAUACCUGAAGUAUAAGGAGAUCAUUUCCAACCUCGAUGUCGGGCGAAAGUUUUACAAUGACCUUGCAAAGAUUGUAGCCCGAUUCCGCGACGACGCAAAGGCAUUUGUCCACCAACGUCGGAUGGAGGCAAGCCAGCUGGAAGCUGAUAUCUCCAAUGCCACAGCGAUGGCCUCACUGCAUAUUUCUCAGCCACAUCUGCGUCAACAACCUCAGGAAUCACCUCGAACCCAUCACUCUCCCUCCGGCUACUCAGCUGGGCAGCCCGCCCAUAUGCCAUCACAGCCACUCCCACCUGUUCACACCGUACGACCAGCUGAGACAGCACCCCCUCUCACGGCACCCCAACCGGUGCGCGCGCCCGUAGCCCCGCCCCCAGUUUCUACGCCGAGCAUGCCAGGGGGUAUGCCGGGUAUGUGGGCUCCUGAAAUGGGGAUUCGAUUCGGAUCUGCCGGUGCCCCUCCGAAUGCUACUCCCAGCACUGGACCUGGGCCAGCCCCGAACCAGCCCACUCGUGCCCCUCAACCGGGAACCUGGGAUCCCAGCAAGGGGCUGCGCUUCUCUUGA